AUGCCAUCCCACGAGGAGGCCAAGCCACACCUUCGGCCAGUGCUAUCGCUAACCGACAAGAAGAGGUACCCCAUGGGGUCGGGCAAGGCGUUGUAUCUCAGCCACUCCCAGGGAGAUCACCUCGAGAAGCGGUGGGUGCCCGGCGACCCUCCAAAGACCGCCAGCGUAGACGUGGCCUCCAAGGCGGCGGCGGCGGCGGCGGUGGCGGCGGGUGGAGCGGUGGCCGUGGCCGUGGCGGCCGCCGCCGCAGGCGCGGCUCAAGCCGCCGCCGGGGCCGUGAUCGCGAAGCAGGCGUCGGCAGCGGGGGAGGCCGCCGACCUCUACGCCACCGCGAGGGCGUUCUUGAUGGAGAACCCUGAGUUCCAGCACAUCUGGGUGAGCGCGGCGUGCAUGCCUCCUCGUCUUCGCGAGCAGAAGUGGCGCGGAGCCGUGCCUUCCGCGGCUGGGUCUAACAUGUUCGAGCACCUUCACCCGGGGGCUCUGGUGGCGUGCGAUGCGGUACUCGUGGCCCCUCCCGAGAGGGAAAGCAUGUCGUACAUCGCAGAGCAGAGGGCGCGUUAUUCGGACUUGGAAAUGUACAGCACGAGCCCAUGGAAAGCGUUGGAAGGGGUCAUAAUGCAGCUCAUGAACAGCGUCAGCUUCUACGCCUUCCGCCUCGGCAAGAAGCUUAUCUUCGCCGGACCCUACCCCGCCUACCCGGAAGAGCCCCAACCCUCCCCGCUCGACCUCAGGAGGGGCUCCGCCCCGGCCUCGAUCGUCGGAGCCGACAGUCCCGUGGGCGGAAGGAUGGCGACCGAGUCGCCUGUGGACAGAGCCAAGGCGGCGGCCAAGCUCAUGUUCUCGAAGGGGACGCGGAUGGGGUGGAACAGCAAGUCGGACAUGAGUGCGGGGGACUCGCUGGAGGAUGGCAGGUGGAAUGGCUGGGACGGGGGGGGGGGGCGCAGUACGGCGGGAUCGACACCAACAGCGUCGGUGACGACGGCAUCGGUAUCGGACUUCUCUGGGGGUAGGAGCUUUUACGGCGGCGGGGGCGACGUGAGCAGACGGCGGAGAAGCACGCCGACGGAGGGGUCGAGAAUAGAGAGGGCCGUUGCGGAGGCGCUGGACAGAUUGGGGAUCAACGGAACCCAUUCUCCGCCUGAGCGCAACUGGCGGGGGGUGCUGCAGCCAUGCUUCGUCCUGAGGAAGACAAGACAGGACGUGGAGAAGUACAGCGACGCACAGGGAGCGCUAAAGCAGGCCAUGUGCUCGCUCAGCGUCUCCAUAGACCAGGCGGAGGAGUUCUUCUUGGUGUGGAAGUACCUCGCCUCUUUAGGCCCCUGCGCCUCCAACGACCGGCUGGCGGUGCUGAACCUUCUCGUCUUCGCUGUAUCGGUGGCCGACGGCUACUGCUGCCCACGACGGCCGUCCGAUUUCGUGGGCCGUGUGCUGGCGGAGAGCCUCGUAACGCCGGGGCACCUGGACCUGUGGAUGAAGGACCUGUCUCCGGACGAUAGCCGGAACAUCCUUCGAGCAGUCAGCGCCGCCGGCAAGAAGCUCUCGAUCCUGACUGUGGGCAGCUCGCACACCGCGGGCGCGGGGGUGGGCUCUUUCCUAAGGGGACAUCCCUCUUUGAGAGAGCUGGAGCUAGAAUGGGAAGGGGUUCGAGACUUGUCGUCGAUAGCCCAGGCCCUCGGGGAGCACAAGUCGCUGACGAGGCUCAACCUGACCCACAAUGAGAUCGGACCUCGCGGCGCCCUCCAGCUGGCGGCAGCGCUUCGAAAUAACAAGUCCCUGACGGAGCUCGACCUACGCGAGAACAGCCUCGGACCUUCGGGGAUGAAGGCCAUCGCCGAUGCCCUUGCUUCGAACGAGACCAUGCGCACGCUACACUUGCAGGACAACGCGAUCGGAGAUGACGGGGUUAUCGCCAUGACGGAGGCGUUGAUGCGGAACGGGAGGUUGAGAACCGUUUGCCUAGAUGGAAACAAGGUGAGCGACGAAGGAGCAAAAGUGAUUUGCAUCGCCAUCAAGAUGAACCUGGCUCUGAAGAUGCUCAGCCUCUCGAGAAACGCUCUGCCAGACGAAUCGAAGCGCGCUCUGCAGGACGCGUGGUCGGAAAGAGAGCUAGAGGACGGGGAGUCACGAAGCGGCAUGUUCCUGGACCAAGCGGCGGAGGGCACGGCAUCUGGGCGGGGAUGGAACAGCACCCUGCCCCUUGCCGAAGGCGUGUUUGUCAGCACCAGGCCGGGGCUGGGCCCAGUGGGGAUCGGCGGGGGGAUACUAGUGUCGCCGACUCGCGACCAGCGUGGCAGCGAGACCUCUAUGAUGAAGCCACCAACAGGCUCGUCGGACGAUGGCAACGGGUCGAGGACGGGCGGAGACGAUGGGGGCUUGCUCCCUAGGUUCUCGCCGGUGGGCGAGCAGUUCGCGAGGAAGCCCCUGUGGUGACGUGUGACUUGUGAACAAACCACGAGCAGGGGUUUUAUGUCGGUCGGUCGGUCGGUCGGUCGUUCGGUCGGUCGGUCGGUCGUUCGGUCGGUCGGUCGGUCGUUGCUCGCUUCUCUUUGUGUUCUG